AUGGCACCAAGCGCAGUCUUCGAGCAGCCCAACGUGGCCGAGCCCUUCAACAAGCGUGACGGUCUCGCCCUCGAGGCUACCUCCGAUGCCAUCGAUGAUGUCAACGUCCUCAAGGCCGCUAUGAAGGUCAAGAACGGCACUGCCACCCAGGAAGAGAAGGACAUCUACGAGAAGUCUGAGUUCGACUCCGAGAAGGACAAGACCCAGUUCCGCCAGUACGAGGAGGCCUGCGACCGCGUCAAGAACUUCUACCGCGAGCAGCACGAGAAGCAGACCGUCGGCUACAACCUCAAGGCCCGCAAUGCCUUCUACAGCAAGACCCGCGCCGAGAUGACCGUCUGGGAGGCCAUGGAGAAGCUCAACACCCUCAUCGACGAGUCCGACCCCGACACCUCCCUCUCCCAGAUCGAGCACUUGCUCCAGUCCGCCGAGGCCAUCCGACGAGACGGCAAGCCCCGCUGGAUGCAGCUUACCGGCUUGAUCCACGAUCUUGGCAAGCUCCUCUUCUUCUUCGACGCCCAGGGCCAGUGGGACGUCGUCGGUGACACCUUCCCCGUCGGCUGCGCCUUCGACAAGCGCAUCAUCUACCCCGACACAUUCGAGGGCAACCCCGACUACAACGAUGAGAUCUACUCCACCGAGUACGGUAUCUACACUCCCGGCUGCGGCCUCGACAACGUCAUGCUCAGCUGGGGCCACGACGAGUACCUCUAUCACAUCAUGAAGGCUCAGAGCACCAUCCCUGACGAGGGUCUUGCCAUGAUCCGCUACCACAGCUUCUACCCAUGGCACAACCAGGGUGCUUACAGGUGGAUGAUGAACGAGAAGGACCACAAGAUGUUGGAGGCCGUCAAGGCAUUCAACCCCUACGACUUGUACAGCAAGAGCGACGAUGUCCCCAAGGUCGAGGACCUCAAGGAGUACUACAAGGGCGUCAUUGAUGAGUUCAUCGGCUGGGACAAGAAGAUCAAGUGGUGA